CCUGCUCAUCACCCAAGCACACCCUCGACUAGUACCCCGCGCUUCACGAUGGCGGCCACUACCUACGACGAGCUCAAGACUUAUGCCGAAGAACACUUCCCCGAGUACUUCGCGAAGCUGCCUCCGGCGAGCAUCUACGAGUGCCAUGCUCGAGCGGAUGAUCCGUCGAGAUGUUCUCUACUAGUCGGCGAAGCUCCCGGAGCGCAUCUUAAUCUGGUGAACGAGAACUACACGUCCGUUUACGCGACUUUACUCAGGGGCGAGCUCCACUUCUCAUCUUCACGGGAUGGCGCGUAUUUUUCCAGUAGAAUCUACACGAGUAUCCGCUUCCAUGAGCCAUUUUCCUGGAUUCGGAUGGCCACCGACACAGAUGAUGAGCAUUAUGGAGAACGUUUCCUCAGGAUGAGCGUCUUCCUUCGAUACUGUUUCAUAGCAAACGGCUUUCCUGGAGACCUCCAAGUGUUCGAAAAAGAUAGGUAUUGGUGUUGCAGCAACGAAGAUGUCCUGUCGCUUCUGGAGAAAGCUUGCGCAGAUGUCGUGAAGGGCGUGAAUGCGAAGAAGGCCAUGCUAGGAAUCAAGGAGCCUGAGGGCACGAUUGUGAUCGAGGAGGCAGACAUUGACAAGCUUGAGAAUCGUCAAGUCGAUGUGUUGCAAGACCGCAUCGAACGUCUAAAUGCAGACUUCGAAGCCUUCAGGACCAGCUACAAGUCCGGUGGUCAGAACGAGACGCAAGAGAUACAAGAUCUCCUCAGGAAGGUGAGUGAUUUGGGGACAAAAGACGAUGGCUUGCGCCUGAAGCUGACGGAUAUCUUUGCGCAGUCCGAGUCUCUCGAGACUGCCCUCAAGGAGUCUCGAAACGAGGUCGCAACCUGGAAGCAAAAGUAUGAGAAGCUGAGGGAUGUUGUUCGUGUUGCGACGGACGAGCAGGAGUAUGGUGACUGGUGA